AUGAGGGCGUCAGAAGGUCUCACUGAAUUUGCUGAAGAAACGGCUGAAAAGAUUAGUUUCCACGAUCAACAGGAUGGUGAUGGUCUGAUGAACGAUGUUUCAACAGUAGGUCAGAUUGCAAUUUGUACGGCCGAAAGUUGUCCUAUCCCUAUGAAUGGGUCCCAUGAUGGACCAUCUUCAGUUGAUGACUCGAAAACAUCUGAAAGCAAGAGCCAAUCUGAAGGAGCAUCUAAUCCGACCAUUGCUUCCUCUGAAAAGCUAAACAAAAAGAAUAGGAGAAAGAGCAAGAAUAAGAAUAAGAAGGAAGGAGGCACUCAACAAUCAGUAUCAUCCAUUCAGCAGAUUCACACUCAGAGUGAUUUGAAUAAAGUCUUGCAGGAACAUGAUACAGUAUUAUUGGAGUUUGUCACGACGUGGUGUACCGCUUGUCAUGGAAUUCAACCUCGGUACGAGGAAUUGGCAAAAGGCGAAAUGGGGAGCAAUGAGAACAGUGACGCAAUGCUUCGGGCUGCUCAAGUUGUUUGUGACAAGAACAAGGAGACCAAAAAGCUGGCAGAUGCGAAUGGUGUUGGUAGUUACCCAGUCUUUGUUCUGUAUCAACAGGGAACUGAAGUCAGCAAAUGGAAGGGAGCCGAUGUUGGAAAGCUCGAAAAAGCAUUUGACAACUAUGGUGGUAGCAGCGGUGGCAAACGCGGCAAAGGUGGUAAUGGAAAGAAAGGAAAAGGCAGAAGAUAA